CAUUUAUAUAUCAAUCUUGAUUUCUUCAAUUCCCAUUAAAAGAGAAGAGAAAUAUGUACGAAGAGGAGGAGGAAGAAAUAUUAUUGGCGGGAGAAAGAGAAAGAGGAAAAGGAUAUCUUGAAGAUGUGGUGCUUCAGUUUACCCGAGGCUCGUCAUCUUCUUCUUCUUCUUCUUCAUCAUCAUCAUCUUCCUCUUCAUCUCCAUCUUCAUCAAAGAGAUCAAGAAGGCUUCUUCCUGCAAAUUCAAAGCUGGAUCACCUGCAUUAUCAUCAUCAUCAAGUCCACCAGAAUAAUAAUAUCACACAAUAUUUUUGUAAUUCUUCUAUCUCCUCCUCGUCAUUCACAGUCACAGCAGCAGCUGGGGAUACACCUACGCAUGGAGAGAACCAGCAGCUAAUUAGCUGCUGCACAGACAUUAAACCCAUCUCCAUCUCCAUCUCCGCCUCCCCAUCUGCUUCUGCUUCUGCUGGGAUUGAAGUUGAGGAGAAGAGUAGGAAGAGGGUGAUGGGGAAGGUGGUGUGUCCAUUUGUCCUAGUGAAGCCCGGAGGAUUUGAAGGCGGCGAUGUGGGGACAUUAAAUGACAUCAAUGAGAGGAUCCACAUGGCACCUACACGGCCGGUGCGCCACCCCGUCAGGGACUUCGCCUCCCGGCCGUUGGUGGUGUCGCGGCAGGGGCCGGGGUUAUCGGGAAAGACUGUGGUGGCAUUCACAAGACUACACACGCCAGGAAAGGGAACCAUAACCAUUAUCAGGACAAGGGGUUGAUCUUCAUUCUUCAUUCUUCAUCAUGCAUGCAUGCCUCUAGGGCUAAUUGGAUUUGGGAAU